CCAAUGCCCUCCUUCUUCCUUUAGCCACCUGUACACCGAAGUUGAGACUGGUCACAGCUCAGGCGGCCCUGGAAGCUUCUACCAGAAGGGAUGAAUAUUGGCUGGCUACUGCUGCUUUGAAGGCCCUAAACACCUUUGAACAGGUUUUCUCUUGGGUGGCUCUUAGAAUCUCUUGACCCGGUCCUGAGGAAAUACUGCUUUCCUGGAUUUCUUGAUCUUCACUCAACCAUGAACCAAUCAGACCUAGCUGAUGACCCAGAUCCCAACCCUGAGCCCCUGUGCAUGGUGUGUGGCCAGAACCACUCCCCAGAAGAAAACCACUGCUACACCUACACGGAAGACGUGGACGACGACCUCAUAUGCCACAUCUGCCUACAAGCAUUGCUGGACCCUCUGGACACUCCAUGCGGACACACCUACUGUGCCCUGUGUCUCACCAACUUCCUGGUGGAGAAAGACUUCUGCCCUGUGGAUCGCAAGCCUUUAGUUCUGCAGCAUUGCAAGAAGUCCAGCAUCCUGGUCAACAAACUUCUUAACAAGCUGUUGGUCACCUGUCCAUUCACAGAGCACUGCACCGAGGUGUUGCAGCGGGGCGACCUCCAGCAUCAUUUCCAGACCAGGUAG